CAACCACAUCUCGACACUCUUUCAACUACCCAAUAAUCAACCAGGAGAGCAGAGAGUUGCUGCUUCUCUGUGUCUUAUAUUUUCUUACCAUGACACUAGAAAUGGAGACUUUCGAAGAACUCUCAUAUGACUUUGUUCAUCCACACCUAACCAAGGACAUUGACACAGGCUACGAAAUGGGCGCAGGAUCUGUUUGAUCAUCUUGGCCAGACCAGAAAUGCGACAGUCUACGGACGAGGCAGCUGGGGAUUCACAGGUGAGUGCUGCGGACUACCUACUUUGCGGAAUCAGAUUCUCAGUUUGCACAGGCCAUGCAGAAUUUAGAGCGCUGGGUUAGUCAAUUCUAUAUUCACCAGAACAGAACUGCUCUCUGGGGAUACAGGGGCAUAGAAAGAUUCAAAUCCAACGGAGCUAUUAACGAAGAACUUGGCCAACGGUUCCGCAUCGAGGUUGUCGAGGACGCAUCCCAGGUCGACUUUCCGGAUCUUAACGUUAUCACCGCACCAGACGCGCAGAUUCUUUCCACAGUAUUUGACGAGUGGGUAGCCAGCGUUGGCGAAGAUCCUACUGGGGAUGCUCGCUGCGCAUGAUUUCACGAUUUUCUUGCCGUGGACGCUGCGUCGCUGGCAUCGCUGCUGGAGCUUCCUCUGCAGCCGCCAGCACUUGUCCAGCCGUUUGCGACGAAGGAAGAGAAACUGGAAUUAUGCUCUGAGGUAUUCUUUUUCUGGUUCUUUGAUGCCAGGAGAACACGCGGGCUGUCUCGUGAUGCGGACGCGCUCGAAGCGAGUCGCCACGGCUCGUGGAUGAAGCUCGAGACCUCACGGAUUGCUGGUAUUUGGUUUCAUAGGCUAAAUCGUCUCGAAAGAGAGGGUGUUGUAAUGGAGACGACUGAACAAGAGGCAGAAAACGGCAAUGAGACGCCGUUGACAACGGGAUACUGGUGGUCAGGGGUCUAAGGGGUGUCGAGAUGAAAGACAAUAGAGACGAAAAUAAUACAAUUGUGCACAAGAGAGUAGUUACUACAAUCCCCAUUCAAUA